UGUUUGCGUGCCAGAAGAAGGUCCUGGGGGUGGGGAUAUAUUGUGUUUGCAAAAAUGAACAAGAUCGCAUAGAAAGGCCAUUUUCAGCACAGAAUUGCAACCCUGGUAUAAAAUUAGAAUUGCUUCUCAAGGAGAAACAGCCUUUAUUAAAAAGGGACCAGCCUGCCCCUUACAGGAGCAGUAAGCAUCUGAAAACCAAACAUGGCAUCUUCCAUGAGGAGCUUGUUUUCUGACCACAACAGAUACGUUGAAUCUUUUCGGAGGUUUCUCAACAGUUCCACGGAACACCAGUGCAUGCAGGAAUUCAUGGACAAGAAGCUGCCAGGCAUAAUAGCAAGGAUUGGUGAUAGAAAAUCAGAAAUUAAGAUUCUAAGCAUUGGCGGAGGUGCAGGUGAAAUUGAUCUUCAAAUUCUUUCCAAAGUGCAGAUUCAAUAUCCAGGAAUUCAUAUCAACAAUGAAGUUGUUGAGCCAAGUGCUGAGCAAAUUGCCAAGUACAAAGAGCUUGUAGCCAAGACAUCGAACCUCGAGAACAUAAAGUUUGCUUGGCAUAAGGAGACAUCAUCUGAAUAUCAAAAUAGAAUCAUAGAGAAAAAAGAAUUUCAGAAGUGGGACUUUAUUCAUAUGAUUCAGAUGCUGUAUUAUGUAAAAGAUAUCCCAGCUACCCUGAAAUUCUUCCAUAGUCUCUUAGCUACCAACGCUAAGAUGCUCAUUAUUCUUGUGUCAGGAAUCAGUGGCUGGGACAAGCUGUGGAAAAAGUAUGGAUCCCGCUUACCUCAGGAUGACCUCUGUCAGUAUGUCACAUCAUCUGACCUCACUCAGAUUCUGGAUAAAUUGGGGAUUAAGUAUGAGUGUUAUGACCUUCUGUCCACCAUGGACAUAUCUGAUUGUUUUGUUGAUGGCAAUGAAAAUGGAGAACUGCUUUGUGAUUUUUUGACAGAAACCUGCAACUUUAAUACAACAGCACCACCUGAUCUCAAAGCAGAAAUUAUGAAAGAUCUGCAAGAGUCUGAAUUCAGUGUAAAGAAAGAGGGAAAGGUUCUUUUUAAUAAUAGUCUGAGUUUCAUAGUGGUUGAGGCAUAAAUAUCAACAUGAAAGUAUAUUAAAAAUUAUAUUUUG